ACCCCACACACUCUUUUAUAACGUUAGCUCUCCAUCGCCAUUGCAAUUGUCACACUCUCUCGCUCUCACCUAUUCGUCAACGAACCCCAAACCUCUCCCAUUUCACUACUACUCUCUCCAUGGCAGACAACAUCGACAGUGCUUCCCCUAUUUCCGACGCCGACGAAAACGACGUCAAAUACGGGUUCAAGAGGCCGGAGAUGUACUCCACCGACCUCGCUGGGACCAUCGCUAAGUACGAUCGUCACGUCUUCCUCUGUUACAAGGGCCCGAAAGACUGGCCCCCACGCCUUGAGGCUUCCGAUGCCGAUCCUCUCCCCAAGGUCUUCGCCUCUGUUUUGAAAGCCCGUAAAGACGAUAUCACUGUCAAGACGAACCUGACUAUAUUCGGUGGAGGCGACGCGGGGGAGUUCGCUGAUGGAGAUGUGUUGAUUUUCCCGGACAGGAAGCAAUAUAGGGGCUUGAAAGAAUCUGAUGUUGAUAGUUUUGUUGAUGAUGUGCUUGUGAACGGAAAGCCAUGGGCUGAUGGCUUGCAGGAGAACUUCAUUAGUUCCCACAUAUUUGUUUGUGCUCAUGAGAAGCGAGAUAUGAGAUGUGGUGUUUGUGGACCAGCUCUAAUUGAAAAACUUAAAGAGGACAUCAAGGCACGUGGACUGAAGGACAAGUUGUUUGUCAGCCCAUGCUCUCACAUUGGAGGGCACAAGUAUGCUGGAAACUUGAUUAUCUUUGGCCCAAACCCUGAGGGAAAAAUUACAGGGCAUUGGUAUGGCUAUGUCACUCCUGAGGAUGUUCCUGAAUUGCUGGAUGAGCAUGUUGCUAUGGGAGUUAUCAUAAAGCGUCUUUGGAGGGGCCAAAUGGGGGCAUCUAGUGAAGACGGUGAAAAAGUGGCAGAACAGAAGCUUCGAAAUGGAACAUAUGACAAGAAAAGUAAGAAGCGUGAAGAAAUCAACCGGGGCAACAGUGAAAACACGUCUGGCUGUUGUCAAGGUGCCAAUGGUUUUUCAUGUUGCAGAGAUGGAAAUUUGGAAGUGAGCGAAGAGGAAGAACUGAAAGAACCUCUCGAAGUGGAUGGACCGAAUGGGAUGGCUAAACUCCCAAGCUGGAUUGGAUCCUGGGAGCAGCAUGAUGUCCUUGCAGCAGCUGCUGUUGUUGGAGCUGUGGCAACUGUUGCAGUCGCGUAUAGCCUGUUUAGAAGGUCUGGCUGAAAUAUGCCCUCUAAUUGAGGUGUUCCUAGUUUUUGCCUGUUUAUGCAUACCUUCGUUUUUUCUAGGACAGCUUAUUUCAUCAGGAGAGGAUAAUAUAUAUAUGUACUGCAUAUCAUACAACAGCUCAUCCCAGACUCCCAGUUCAUAUAAAAUUUGUGUUAAUUUCUAGGACAACUGAUGUGGGGUCCUUACUGCUAUGAACUUGAGCAUCAGUAACGAGCCUGAGUGUUGUGCCA